AAAGAAAAAAAAAGCCUACUCUUUCAUUGGUCUGACCAUGAGGUUUAAUCAUAUAAUCUGGACAACAACGCCCUCUGUUCACAAAUGUCGUAACCAUUAUCCAAGAAGAUUAUUAUAUCAUGAUGCAAGGUUACGACAUACGGAAACAGAGGGCGUUGUCCGGAUUGUAUGAUUUGUUUGUUUAUAUCAAAGAGUAGAGUGGCCGGCAAGGUUUAUAUUAGCCGAUAUUGGCAGACCUGUUAAAUACUCUUAACUACUGUGUAAAGAACUGUAAAAUUUAAUAAUUAUUAUCGACAGUAGUGUGCAUAUUUUAUGUUUGUUUUCCAGAAAACAAUGUUAAAUGUUUUAAAGACUUGUUUUAAUGCAAGCCUUUAUAAACGAAACUUCACGUAUUUCUUUUUCAGUUGUUACAUUAGUGUUUUCUUCUGCCGCUAUUUCUCAUAGAAUGUCGCAGUCGCAAUCGACGCAAUGGUUUUACGCCGUCGGUAAAGGAAGGCAGGUUGGGGUUUAUACGACAUGGUGAGAAUUUAAGUUUGAUGAACUGUUAUAACAUUUUACGUUAAUACUUGCAAGUAAUAAGGAAUUCACUUUUUUGUUGUUGUUUUUUGGUUAAAUAGGCCAGAGUGUCAGAAACAAGUGGAGAAUAUCUCAAACGCCAAAUAUAGGAAAUUCAAAACUCAUAAAGAAGCUGUGGCCUUCAUUCAGGAAUGUAAAGAAAAAUACUCCCCUUCCAAAUCGCCGUCAAAAUUUAUUCGUGAUAGUGCUUUACCAUCAACUGUGCCUGCUAUACCAAAUACAUGUUCUCAGCGGUCUUCUAGUGUUCAACCAACCCAACUGCCAAUUAACAUGUCAAACUCUCAGCCAGUGGCUUCUAAAUCUAUGGCUCUAUCUCAGAGAGUGAGCAGAACCAAUAUUGUUAAUGCUUCAAGAACACUGGCAGGAAGAUCUGAAGUUCAAAACGAACUGACACCUCUAACUGUAUCAGCCUUGCAAAGUUUGGCUGAAGAGGAUCCAUUUCUUACAGAAGACACACAAAGAAAUGCAAAAAAUACAAGUUCCAUCAAUGGCACUGAAGUAUCUGAAAUAAAGGCAGUUUUAGAGAGAGUUGUCACUCAGUACAGUGAAAUUAAAAGCACUUUAGAGCAAAUGUUAUUAAAACUUAAUAAUUUGGAAAAUAAAGUUGAAGAACUUUCUUGUCAAAUUUCAACUGGAAAUCAGAAUGUUGGAAUGCCAAGUGUUAGUAGAUCAAGUAUAAAGAGAUCUUUAUUUGAAUCAUUUAAUGUUCCUCAGCCUAUUGGAAGCCGAUCUCUUUGCACCACACCACCGGAGGAUGAGAUAGAAGUUGUCCCUGUUCCUCCAAAAAAAAUACCCAAAAUUGAAUUGAACUCUGAUGAUGAAGCUGAUGGAUUUGACCAUGAUUUUCGUGUUAAUGAAGAUGGCUAUGUCAUUGUUUACACUGACGGAGCCUGUGAGAAAAAUGGACGAUGUGGGGCAAAGGCUGGAAUUGGAGUUUGGUUUGGAGAUAGUCAUCCGUUAAACAUUUCGGAGCCUGUUCAUGGUCGUGCAACAAACAACACAGCUGAAAUUCAAGCUGCAGUACAGGCUUUGGAAGUUGCAAAGAGAGCAGGAGUGAAGAGGAUUCUUGUUCAUACAGAUUCCGAGUUUACAAUAAAUUGUAUUACAAAAUGGGUAAAGAAGUGGGUAAAAAAUAACUGGAAGGUUGCUUCAGGUGCAGAUGUUAAAAAUAAAGAAGACCUUAUUCUGCUACUUGAAGCUAUGAAGAAUAUUGAAGUGAAAUGGGAACAUGUUCGAGGCCAUCGUGGAAUACAUGGAAAUGAAAUGGCUGAUAGAUUGGCUCGCAGUGGAGCUGAAAGAUACAAACCCUGAUCAUACAAGUGAGAACUGUGAUAGGCACUAUUAAAAAUGGCUUGAAACACAAGGUCAAAUGUUGAUAGAUAAACAGAUACUGAUCUUUACAUUUUCAUUGGUAUUAACUCUUUUCCAGAUGAUAUUAUGACUUAAACAUUCAUUUGCAUUUCAUGGAAUAUUUAAAAUGAUUUGACUGACAUUUUUUGACAAUGAUCACUAAAUGGCAUAUGUUUGCAUUUAAAAAUUUCCAUAGUAUUGUAAAUUUUAAUACAGUUUAUAUUUAUCUAAUUGAAUUUAAUCACUUCUAAGCAUUUCAAUUGUCCUUUCGAUGUGGAGAUGCACAAAUUAGUAAUUUUAUGCUUUUACUUGUGUUGUAUGAAUAUUAUGUUGAUGCUUUUUGGUUUGGUUCGAUAGUUAUACUUGUUAACUGUCAAUUGAACAAAGGUCAGGAAAUUUUUAUUUCAAUUACUUGCCAGGAUGUUUUGUUUGUCCAAAAAGUUGCUUGUUUUGUGCACAUGUGUGCAUUGUUUGAAGAAAGUUCGUUAUAUAACUGCAUAAUAUAUUAAGUUUCAAUGCCAUCAAAUUGCAAGGCCCUUUCCCUGUCAAUAAAGAACAGGAAUUGAAAUAUGUGCAUUCCAUUCUGAUGGUGCUUGACAAUUUAUUCAGUUAUUUCUUUAUUCAUAUCAGAGCUGCUAUUAUUACCUGUGAUAUCAUUAUCAGUAAGAGUUCUUGCAGAGGUGUGUUUGACAGGAAAUAAUUCUCUUUCAACAUUAUGCUACAUUAGCAAAUUAAUGAGUACAGGUUUGAUAUUCUGGAUUUUAAGGGCAGAAACAAUGAAAAUUUUUCAAAGAGAAAAAGUGCAAAAUAUCAUAUUUAAACCCAAAAUAAAAUUUGAAAACUUUUGCCUAUGAGAUUGGACAAAUGCAACAGGAUCAAACAAUGAUUCAAGCUAAAAGAAAUGUAAUAUCGUACUUUGGUGUCUGCAGGUAAAUGCCAGUUACUCACAACAGUGUGAUAUUUCUUAUCUGUUAAAACAUGAGAAAAUUAUUUCUUUUAGUAUAUUACAUGGAAAUUGUAUUGUUAAGAAAUUACCAAACUUUAAAGGCUUUCAGAUAACAACUGUUGGACUGUGAACCAAUAUAUUUCUGCGACAGAAUAUGCUUUUUUGAUGAAAAAUUUCUGCUGUGAACACAUGUUGCAUUUUUGUUGAAAUUUGGGAUGACUGUAUAUUUUAUUUCUAAAUAGUAAAUUUUCCUCUUAAUUGUUUUGGGAUAAAAAUGUGAUUGUUUAGCAAAACAUCAUAGUUUGCAUUUUAAACUAUUUAUCUGCUUGUAAUUUUACUGUACUUGUAAUCUGUAUUUGCCCCAUGAACUGUUCGUGGAAACAUUUCUUCUGUUUUUCAUCCAUGUUGUGAGGUUAAAAUAUCAGCUUGAUGAUCUCUUGUUGGAAAAUUCUGCCUUCAGUUUUCAAGCAAGUUCAUGACUUUCUCCAAGACGUGGCAGUGACCAACAAGCUUUCAAAACUUUUCUUAAAAUAAACUGAAAAAGAGCAUAGUCAAAAUAUUUUGUAGUUGUUUCAUAGCACAUUUGGAAGCACAAUGAGAGAAAUUAUUGGGUACUCUUAGUUUGCCAGUAGUGGCCAAAACAUCUGAUGAUUGAUCAAUUUGGAUUAGAUCCACCUUUGUAAUAAUUUACAGUCCACACCCUAGAAGUGAGAAUCUUGAGCAUUGCACUAGAAAUUUUUAAGGUAUCUCCCAGUUUGAUGUUUAAAUGCAUUGCAUUGGGUGCUAUUUCAGGUAAAUGAUACUUAUUGUAAAAAUUAAUGUUAUUUAAAAUUAAAUUAUGUAUUUUGGAAUAAUUUCCAUUUUUCUGUAAUUUGCUAAUGAAUUGUAAAUAGUAAUAUUACAUUGAAUGAAUGAAAAAUUAUUUGUAUAGUGGACAAAUUAUUUAUUCUGUGUUGAGGUGAAUUGUAUGCUGUAUUUAAUAUUUGAGAGAGAAGAUACCCAGUAAUUGUGUAUUGUCAAUUGUGAUUAUCAACCAGUGUACUCAAAAUGGUUUGAUUUUCAAAGACAAACAAAUUUUAGAGAAAAUGUGUUCAUGAAUUUGAGGAAGACUGGAAUAUUAAUUAAGAAAUUGAGAUUAAUUAUGUUAUCAUGUAUUCCUAUUUUUGUAUUAUAAUUGUAAAUAUAAUUCGUAUAUUUGCCUCCUAGAAAUUUUAUUGGAAAAAAAUAAACAAUUUUUUGAUUGCUUUUGUCAUGAAAUUGCUGUGUCAAACUGUCAGUGUAUUCAACAGCAUCAAAAUAACUGAUAAUGAAAAUACAAAUUGUCAACAAUCCUCUUAUACAUUUAUGAACAACAAACAAUGUGUAGUUGCCUAAAACAUAUAUAGGCUCUUCAACGCAAUUUCAUUGAAUUGAAUUUAAAAUGAGUGGUGCUGCAACAGAAUAGUACUUUAUCGUAUUAUUUCUACCUGUUAGGGAAAAUAAUAUUAAAUCUUGUUUCGUACUAAUUCUCAUAAAAAAAUUAUUUUAAAUAAAGGAAAGAAAUACACAAGGUAUUUGGACUGGCAUUUUUUUAAAUUUAAUGGGUUUUUCUGAAAAACAGAAUUGUACCUUAUUCAAUAGUGCAAGUUUUUAUUAGCAAAAAACUUUAUAAGAUAAAAAAUAUAAUAAAUAAAUCAAUCCUUGGGAAUGUGUAAGCAAUAAAAAAUACCAC